CUUGUCAGCUAAAUUCCGUUCAAACAAACUAAUCAACUGCGCUCCAGUUCAUCACCAUAAUCGCAGACCUGCGGCUUCAUGCCGCUGCUCCCCAUCGAAGUGAUGAAGGAUCAGUGCUGCCAGGAGCUGGCCGCCAUCUCGUGGAACUGCCGCUGCGAGGGGCUGCGCGUCUUCAUCGACCGGGCGUUCCCUCCCAGCCAAAGCCAAGGCGGUGGCCCCCCGCAGCCGCCGCUGGCACCUAGGUGCCCGACGGAGGUGAAGAGGGACUUCGCCAGAACGCUCGCCCUGCCGGGGCAGUGCAACCUGCCCACCAUCCAUGGCGGCCCCUACUGCGUCUUCCCAUGAACGCUGGCUUGUGCAUGAAAACAUCGUGUGAAUGAAUAAGCAGCAUGGCACAUCCGUGGAUGGGUGACAUGCUGACAUGCAUAAGUGCGCAAUAAAGACUUGAAGUUUCGUUUCCA